GUAGCGGUUUUCCUCCAAACAGGGAGGGCUCGAGCGGGCGGAGUGAAAGUGCACACGUGGACACCUAAAACUGACGCUCGGUGCAGCCAAUCACUGCACGAGCUGAUGACUCAAGCGCUCCCCAGCCAACCAAUGGGAUCGUUUAUUGAGGGGGUUAAAAAAUCCUGAAGUGUUUGGAGUCGGAAAAAUGAGAAGAAGGUUGUGAAACGGUCCUGGAGGCAGCGGAGGAGGCUUCAGAUGUUUACUUCAUGUUCUGCAGAAUAAUUCUGGAUAUAUCUGACUGUUUUCUUUACCAGAGGAGGAGAUUUUAGAAAGAUAACAUGUGGAUGUUUUGAUUUCUCCAUCUGCAAAUACUUAUCAACUUUCCAUCUCCAGACACAGACAUACUUGGGUGUGGUGAAUCAUGGGAAGCUUUAAGGGCCACGCUCUGCCUGGAAGCUUCUUCCUGGUUGCGGGGAUCUGGUGGACGGGGAAGCACUGCCUGUGGUACGCCACCCGCAGGAACAAGAACAUCGGCUCCACCCGCCUUUCCAGCAGAGCGUCGCAGCGCCGCCUAGAGGUCAUCGAGAGCUCCAUCAUACUCUUCUUCUCUGUUGUUGGGAUGCUGCUGGAGCAGUUUGCAGCAAACGGGCCGAAGCUCCAGCUAUACGACUUUGCGGAGAAACACUGGGAGGAUCUGAUGAACUGGCAACACGCCACCAUGUAUCUGUUCUUUGGGCUCGCAGCGAUGGUUUCCCUGAUCAUCCACACCACGGAGGCUGCUCCGCUGGCACUCGACAGGUUAAUGCUGGCUGUGGCUUUCUUUAAUGAAGGGUUUCUCUUCCUCUAUCACCUGCACGGCAGGAGCAUGCUGGACGUUCACGUUCAUCAGCUCCUCCUUUACGCCAUCUUUGGCGACGCUAUCGUUUCCUUCAUGGAGGUCUUCCACAGAGGAAACAUCAUCCUGGAGCUGCUGCGCUGCACCCUCACUCUGCUGCAGGGGAGCUGGUUCUGGCAGAUUGGUUUCGUGCUCUACCCUCCUCAUGGUCCUGAGUGGGACUUAAAGGAUCACAACAACAUGAUGUUCAUCACCAUGUGUUUCUCCUGGCACCUUGCCUUCGCCAUGCUCCUUGUGAGCGUGCUCUACUGCACCGUCAGCUGUGUGGUCCGCUCGAGGUUGAAGAGGACUCCUCCGAUGGAGAUGGGACUCCUAAAGCCCAGUGACAGAGACCUGGAGUCUGAGGAUGAGACUUUAUGAAGAGGACUGUUUUACAAAUAUAAUAUCUUAUAUCAGGGAAAUGAUGUUUGCAGUUCGCAUCAGCAAUACGACUAAAAGUGAGGCAUAAAAAGGGAAAAAGACUUCUGGACGCUUCAGAAACAUCUCUCUACCUCUGUCUUAUUCAAUCUGCUUCAAACAUUCUGUCUCUGUUCAAUGCUAUUUAUUUUACUGUGGCCUGAUACUCUACAUUCACCCUGUCUUAUCAUUCUUCAUCAUACGUUUGCACUUAAGGAAACAAUGUUCAUCAGCUUCUGAUAGACAGCAUGCUCUAAAUUGUUAUGCUCUGUAGCGCCAUCUUGUGGUGGAAACAUCCAUUAUUAUCUUCAUCAGUACAGCAUGUACUGUAUGUGUAUAUAACUUGAAAGCCUAUAUUCCAUGUUGCUUGUUUGUUUCAUAAUGUUUAAACAUUGUGUCGAAACCAAAUGCCAAAAAAUACAAACGUCAUUAAAAUGAUUGAAAUGUU